GAUUCAAGCAGCCUCAGGCGCGCGGUUUCGAAAGAUGUUAUUUAUUUUCUGAAGACCUAUAGUUUUACUUAUCAAAUGGCUGAGGACAGCAGUGGGCUCGGUUACCGACUGGAGGAAAUCCAGUCAAGUAUUGCAGAGGGAAGGUUAAUGCUUAACGUUCUUCGUUCCCUUCCAACCACUGAGAAUAAUGAUGCAUUCAUAGUUCGUUUCGAGGAUUUAAUCAGUAGAUUAGAAAACUAUCAACUUCACAACAGAAAGAGCGAGGUGAAAGAUGUAAAGUUACAGUUGAGGACACUUAAGGAGCAACAAGACAGAAUUCAGUCUCUCCUUGGUCAGACAGCGACGAGUAUACAGGAUUCUAGUUUAUCUGAAGCACCCGGUGGGUCUUCCAGUGAUACUCAAGCAAAUGUAGUGUUUUCGAAUUCCGCAUCAGCACUGCUUUCCAAAUUUGAGACCUUACUAUCCAAUGGAAACAACCAAGGUUGUCAAAAAGAUGGUGAUCGGGUUUCUUGUAAUAUUAAUUGUUCACGCAACUUUAAACCAAAGCAAGAACCAGCGGAUACUACCCAAGAAAACGAUAAACUAUCAACCCUUAACACUAAGCAAUUGUUGAAACCUCUAGAUUGUGAAGAGUCGACAGAUUUAUCGAACCACUCUGAUAUUCAUCUGUCUGAACUACAGAAAUUGAUUGAAGAAUCAGAAAGAUUUGAUGAGAUGGUUAAACGACUUGUAUUAAUAACAAGGAGAGCAAAUCUUGGUGAAUCUACAAAGUUGCUGGUAGAUAUUUCGAAACGAUUCUCUGAGCUUCAGAUCAGUUUUAAUUCACUGAAAGAAAGUUAUGAUUCGCUUCAUAGUGAACCUCAACUCCCUCCUGAAUUGCGUAAAGUUCAGCUUUCAAGUUUUCGUGAAUUUCUCAACAGUCUUAGCCGUAAUUUUGAUUCAACCAAAGAAUGCUUUUACACAAUUCAUCAUCUUGUCAAAGCUACUAUUGAACAACAACUGGCGAAUGGAACACUGCAGGAUGUAGAUCAUAGUGAUGAAGAAAAUAAUUCAACUUUGCCUGUCAAUCCAACUGGUUCUGUUACUGUAAAAGACAGUAAUAUAGAACUAAAUACAAGCAAACAAAUUAAUGAUGAACACGUUGAAGAUGGUGAUCCUGAAUUUCUAACUCAAAAGGCUUAUUUAAUAGCAUUACAACAGCGUACAGCUCAAGAAAAAGAAGAAAUUGCAAAAUUACUACAACAACGAGAUGAACUAGCUGGACGUUUGGCAUCACUUAAAGCAGCUGCUAGUAGAGCAUCAUUUGAUACUCGUGUUACUUCUGGCGACUCAGUCGAAUCAACUCAAACUGAUGGGUUGGAAAAUGGAGAUGAACGUAAUAGUGGGUCGGUCAGUGUAUCACCUGACAUACUUUCUAGUCUGGAAGCUAAAAAACGUGAGUUAAAUGAAUUAAAGACUCAACUUGAACUCCUUCGCAAGGCUGAAGCUAAAAUCGCUAAAUUUACACCAGCUUCACAAGGUCCAAGAGAUAUACAUAAUUCAAGCAUUGCUGCUCUACCACAAGAGACGUUAGACAAUAAGCGAGUCACUUCUGCUUCGCAGUCCAUUCUUCCAGAAGUCAGUUCACCUCGGACAAGAUUUGCAAUUUAUAAAGAUGACUCUGAUGAUCUAGUAAAUACAAAACCCGCUGGAAAUGUAUCAUUAUCUUCGGAUUUAUCAACCAAAGCUGAUUCUGUGACUUUUCAGCAACCAGAGGUGACCUGUAUUGAUAACACCGAACGUUUGUAUGUUAAUAUGCGUGAGGCACGAAUACAAAUAGAAGAACAACGGAAUCGAUAUGAUCGGAGUACUUCAAAUGGAAUCAAUAAUACCAAUUCUACCGCUCAAAAACCAUUGCAGCAUGUCAGUUGUAGCGGUGCUUCUGUCGCAACUAGUCAAGAUAGAACAACUCUAGCAACUUGGGGUGGAUCUUCACCUGUCCCUUCUUGUUCAUCUGAAGCUUCUGAAGCAAGUGACGAAGGAGAUGGAGUUAGUGUUUCUGACUCCCUACCUUUAAGUACAUGUCUUUCAGUGUCUGCAGUUAAUAAUGCUUCUAAUGUUAUUCGAUCUGUUCCCAAUGGGCAUUUGAAAAGUGUACCCAGCUCUGUUGCAACCAGUUCCUUGGAUAUGCCUGGUGAACCAUGUUCAGUUAUUAAGAGAGCAUCAAGAAAAUGUGAAGAUAUUCACGGAAAUAAUUUAGAUAAUGUUUAUGUUUCUUCUACUGAUGAUGUUCCAUAUAAAUUAUCACUUCCGCAGGUUGGUCGAAGUCCAUCUCCUCCAACUCGUCACAAAAACAAAUCAGGGGAUACUCAAAUAAAGGAUGGUUUAAAUAAAUUGAUUGAUCAACGUUUACAUUCACAACAAAAUUCAUUAGGUGAACACACUAAUGCUUCUGCUAACCAGAAUACUGGAGUUUUGGGUCAUAUAGUUGUUGCAUCAAAUUGUAAUGACUUUGAUGAUGGUCGAAUGUCAGAUCUGUCUGGUGCCAUAGCCAAUGAACGGAUUCAACGCUUAGAGUCAAAUGUAGCCCAGCUCUAUCAAGUAUGUCGUUGUUUGAUGCUCGAAAACUCUCAUUUGAAUUCUACAGUCACUCAGUUAAUGUUACACAACUCAUCUCAUCAGCCUAUUUCAUCCAUCACAUCUUUGGAGCCGUCCAUUUCAGCUGUUGGAUCUAUUGCAUUUCAUCAGUGUCAAUGUAGUUCGUCUAUUCCAAGUUAUAACCAAAUACUAUUAACUGACUCUGGAGCAUCUUACCAAGCAAUGCUUUAUAGACAAGAGCAUCCAUCAAAGAGUUUACCUUGUUCCUUGAAUGUAUGUCCACGAAGUUCUUUUGCGUACGCUCCUAAUAGUUUAAGAGAUACUGACCAGCCGCUUACACAGAGUGGUGUCCAUGAGGUUCCCCAGAUCCAGCUGCUUAUUAAUCAAAUUAUGCAACAACAAUCUAAUCUUACUCAAUUGCAAUUGGAGCUUCAUCGUUUGACGCGAUCACAGUCACAAAUUAAGCCGUCAUUUCUUCCUACUGAUGGUAAUUUCCAUGGACCUUUAUUGUCUCAUCCGGAGAAUACUGGGUUAAAUUUUCCGGCUGUUACUGCUCAUUUACUACAGGGGACCGCAGGAUUUCCUCCGUCUGUCGAGUCGAUCAGCCGUCAGGUUAAUUUUACGGGAACCAAUAAUUCUCCUCAAGUGCUUGGAAAUUCUCUUGUCUCACCCCAAACUUUGUCGGCUAACUGGUCUUUGAAUACUGUUCCUAAUGUUCACCAGUGUUCCAGAGAUGCUACAUUUUCAAAUAUAGGUCAAAGACCAUCUGUACAAACUGCAUCUAUUCCGAGCUCUGUUUUACUAACUGAUCCCAGUGUGAAUCUUACAUCGCCUCAUGGUUCUUCUAUCGGUCAAAACAACAUUGGUAAGUCUUCAUCUGAUUGCCAAUAUGGUAUCCUAAACUACUCACAUUUUUAUGCAGUUGUCAUACAUUGUGAAGGAUUAGUAUCAGAUUUGAAUUACCCUUAGAUUUUUUUACUUUCUGUGCAUUAUAGAACUUAUUAGCUUCCAUUUAAACAAGUAUUAUUAUUGUGUGGCUAUACUCAAGCCCUUUCAAUUGGAAUGAGGUUUAAAAUCUCAUGACUCGUUAAUUGAAUAAUUAAAUCAUUGAGUUGUGUAGUGAACGAACACUCAGAUGAGGAAGACCAGUUAAUUGCUAAACGCAAAAUUACAGAGUGCUUUCGUAAAAUAUGAAAGGCAUGCAUUAAAUGCAUAAUUUGCACGUCUUCCAUCAGUUUUUCUGAUUCUUUCAAUUCUGUUGCUGUUACAUUUAAUUUCUGUUUUCUUCAGUUAAAUCUCCGCAAUCUUCUACUGGCACACAUCCCACUUCCGAUUGGUGUUGCAUGCUACUUAUAUCUGUUAACAUAAGUAGCUUAUACCACAGUUGUAAUUAUCAUAAAGAGAUUUUUUAUGGUACAAAUAUGUUAGAUAAUUAUAAACUAGUACAAUAAUUAAUCCAGAAUUCCCUAUAUGUAUAAUUUUUUUGAACUGAUAACCUCAAUUCAUUCGACUGAUUUCAAUGCAGAUUUAAUACUCAAAUAGUUUUAAUUCUUACUUACACUGAUAUUUGUUACUAAAAGCUAGAGAUUACAAAUAAUAUUAUGGUAAUAAACUCUAGAAAAUCUAUCUACUAGUUAAUUUUACUUCACAUAGGCUUAAUGUUCAUAGUGUUAACUAAACCUGAACUUGAUAAAUUCUAAUUUUUUUGGAUGUUCUGAAAACCACUAAUGUGUACUUAUUAGAACAUAUUGCCAUGGAUCCAAUUGAAGACUUUACUUUUAAAGUUAUGUAUAAUUUCAUUUAUAAAUCUACUGGAGCGAUAUUUGAACAUUCGAAUAAACAAUAAAUGGGUUUCUAACAGCUCAUUUUAUCUAUAAGGUUUGAGGAGCGUUAAUCCAUUGUUUCUAAACAAUUAAAAGAGGAUGUAUUUGAAAGUUUAUGGUAUUCAGCUCAUUUGAUCCACUGGAGUUUACUUCUCUCCCCCUUCCUUUACGGUCUAUCGUGGUAUGUUGUAUUUUGAUCCCGCUUCAGAUUCAAUAAUUGUUUCGCUUUAUAUAUAUAUAUAUAUAUAUAGUACAAUGUAUGACGGACUUUUUUGAUGAACCCCAUUUUUUCUGAAUGUUUCAGGUUUCAAUAGACAUAUCUAACGAUGAAUCAGAAAAUAUCUCACAUUGUAACGUUUGAUCUCACUUGAUAAUCAAUUUUAACAAUUAAUUUUAUUGUUGCAUUUAGUUUUACCAUUUUCGACUUUUUCGUUUACUUUAUUUUUCUUGAGAAUGUAGUACGUUUCUUUUUAAUAUUGAACAAUGUGUUUAGAUCAGUUGUGUUUCCUUCUAAUCCCUUAUUCUAUAUCCAACACUGACGGCUAUUUCACUCAACCAAAUAAAUCUCCCUUUAGUGCUCAUCAAAAAAUUCUGUUUAUGAAAUAAGGUCUAUCUUAUUGUAGUUUUAAUUUAUUAACAUCAUUUUGUUUUCAUAUUCCCAACCAAAAAAAGACAAACAAAUAAAUUAGUUGGAAUUUAGUUCCUAUGCAUUAUUAUUACAGAUCAUCUGAUAUAUUGUUUCUUAUCUUCAAUCUUGUCAACACUCAAUGCAUUAAAAUAAAGAUGAAAUGUAACUUUUUGUUCAGCC